GUUUCCCGCAAUAGAAAAGAAAAGCAGAGAGAGAGAGAGAGAGAGAGAGAGAGAGAAUAGUUUAAUGUAGGGAUGGGGAAGUGGAAAGGCAGACUUCCAACUCUUGUGGGGGCUGCUUCUCUUCCAAUGGCAUCCUUCAUCUUCACUACCUUUUCUCUCUCUUCCUCUCCUUCCUUUCCACAUUCGUCUCUCCACGCGCCAUCUCCACCAGCGCUGCUAGGGUCGGUAUUAUGGUGAAGGAUUCCGAAUACUAUGAUAUUCUCGGUGUCAGCCCUUCCGCUACUGAGGAAGAGAUUCGCAAAGCUUACUAUCUCAAGGCAAGGCAGGUGCAUCCUGACAAAAAUCCAAAUGAUCCUCAAGCUGCUGAAAGAUUUCAGGUAUUAGGAGAAGCUUAUCAGGUUUUAAGUGACCCGGUGCAAAGGCAGGCAUAUGAUGGGAAUGGAAAGUAUUGCAUCUCUAGGGAGACCAUGCUAGACGCCACUACUGUCUUUGCCCUUCUUUUUGGAAGUGAACUGUUCGAGGAUUAUAUAGGACAUCUUGCUGUGGCAUCAAUGGCUUCUUCUGAAUUAGCUUGUGACAUUGAGAAUCCUGAGACACUACAUGAUAGGUUGAAGGCUGUCCAGAAGGAAAGAGAAGAAAAGCUUGCCAGGACACUGAAGGAUUUUCUUAAUCAAUAUGUUCAAGGUGACAAAGAGGGCUUCUUGUAUCAUGCUGAAUCUGAAGCGAAACGACUUGCCAAUGCAGCUUUUGGAGUAGAUAUUCUACACACAAUUGGUUACAUAUAUUCAAGACAGGGUGCAAAAGAACUAGGGAAGAAAAUAGCUUAUCUGGGGGUGCCAUUUUUGGCUGAAUGGGUACGGAACAAGGGGCAUUUCUGGAAAUCACAAAUCACAGCAGCAAAAGGUGCUUUCCAGUUAUUGCAACUGCAAGAAGACAUGCGCCGGCAAUUUAAAACAGAUGGCAGUGCUCCUGAAAAUGAUAUUGAGUCACACAUACGGUUAAACAAAGAUGUGAUGAUGAGCUCAUUAUGGAAACUGAAUGUGGUUGACAUUGAAGUGACCCUUCUACAUGUGUGUGAAAUGGUGUUGCAAGAAAACAAUGUCAAGAAGGAAGAACUUAAAGCUCGUGCAGUCGCUCUGAAAAUUCUUGGAAAAUUUUUUCAGGAUGUACAGAAGAGGGACCAUUGAUAGAAGAACCUCCAGUCUGGGAAAGCUACAAAUCAGAUCUACAUGGAUGUGUAUACUUGAGCUCUGCAAAGCUUACAUGCACUUCCUCACGUGGCCAUGUUCCGACCAGUCAUUUUCUUGAGACAUCAGAGCUUUGCAUCAAGUGGACCCCACCAUUUUGAUGACAUUGCAUUAAAAUCAGCCCGGUCAACUCAUUAGGUUGGCCAAGAAGGUAUAAAAACCACGGUUGGUUUAUGAGAAAUUACCAGGUCCACAUUCAACAUAUAUUUGUGACCUCUUGAUAAGCAGACCAUCCUGAUUUUUGAGCCAGUUAAUACACAUUGCACACCCCUUGUACAUGGAUUGGAUGUGCCAUCGACAUUCUAUAUAUGCAUGUCUGGCCACAUGGGAGGUACAUGUGGGCUUAGCUAUAGCUCUUUAGUAUCAAUGUGAUAUCAUAUUUUAAUUUCCCACUUAGUUGAGCUUUUGCUGAUGAACAGUUUCCUUCAAUAAGGGCGAUAGGACUUUAACCCCUUCCAUGUUGCAACAAAUGAGUGAAAGUCCACGUGUAGUGAAAGAUGAACCAGGUCUCUGUAUUGGAGAGAGACCAUUCACUUCAUAUUUGGUUUUGAGCUUGUUUGGGUCUUCCAGAAGGGUGGAUGAGACCUAUAGGCUUUUGUUCUGUUGUCUUUUGGAAGAUAGAAGUGAUACAUAGGACAGUUGUACGUCCCACAUUCACAUUUGAGCAAUGGGACAAUAGAGCCCAGCCCCCCUAACCCAAAUUGGAGAAGUGAAACCUGUGUCCCAUAGUCCCUCCUUUUGUGGUACAUCCAAACAGGCGCUUAGAAUGCUUUUAUAAUGUUCAAUUAUCAAUAGUCUAUGGCAUUCUUUUAUGGCUUUUUUUUUUUUUAAUGUUAACUGGAAUCCUUUUCUUCCAUGAAGUGGGGUGAGGUGUUUGGCUUCUAAUAUUCUGUAUCCAUUGAACUAACAUCCUAUAAUUCUUAUAUAACUUCUCUGCAGAGGGAAAAGCAACUACGACAUGGUGGAACGUCAAAGAGACAAAACAUCUCAGAUGUUACUGAAGCUGGAAGCAGUUCUGAUUCCAGUUCUGUUGAGGAUUCACCAAGAACACUUUCAUAUCGAACCCCUCAAAUCAC